AUGGGAAAGGAGAACUUCAUCCGACAAAUCGAGAACUCCGUUGAGUUCAAAUUCCUCGACAAAGUGGUUAAGGAAGAAGUCACAGCACAAGAUGCAGUCCAAGACCUCAUCAACAUGACCAUUAGUGCAUUGUCCAUUCAUGGUCCAAGCAAACAAGACGGGAUCGGUCUUCCAGACUACAACGUCUCUCUUGCGGUAAUGGAGCUCGCUCAACGCCUGGAGCCAUCCAAACACACCAAAUUUGCCGAGUUUAUAUCUCAUCUCCAGAAGCAAGUUGCCGUUGAUCCAUCUACGAACGAACCCCUGAGGGUUCAGGGCGAUACCCUCUGGACAGACAUGCCGUCUUUCGGCUACACGGAGCUUGAGACGUGGUACGAGUUUGGUGGCGAAUACAAAGACCCAUGUGAUGCAACGCUAGAUUCUAAGCAACGAGAUCGCUGGACGAAUCUCAACGCUUUCCUCGCGCAGCUCACCCAGACUGUAGACAUUCGCUUUACACCUCCCAAGGAAGGAGCGCGAUUCUCUCCCCUGGACAAAUCACUACGGGCCAUAUGGACCAUGGCGAUGGCACUCGAGAACGAGCGCCCUCCUGCGUCGCUGGGAGAUACGGCGGCGAUGGAAGCUGCUUGCAAGUGGUUCAUCUACGCUGCGGAGCGGAUUAUCGCGAUUGUUAUUCGAGAGGAAAUGCAUGAGGCUAUAUAUAAAGCAUAA